AUGGGAAUCCAAGAACUCUUGUAUAUCCCGGUCAAAGCGAUACAGGAGAAGCUCUCGUUUGUUGAAACGGAUCCGCUCCCGUGGAAAUCGUUUGCUCUCGCAGUCUCGUGGACUGUAGCUCUCUUUGAGUUGUAUCUGCUGUCACGGCAGUACAAGUACUAUUCGAAGCAGGCACCGCCAGCGGCACUCAAAGAGUAUGUCCCAUUGGAUAAGUUCCAAAAGUCGCAAGCCUAUGGCAAGGACAAGGCUCAGCUCUCCUUCUUCAAAACGAUCUACUCCCAAAUCUGGGAUACUGCAUUUCUCUACUAUGGAGGGUAUGCCAUCUGCUGGAGCGCUGGCGGUCAGGUUAUCGCAAUGAUGGGGUAUGGGCCAGAGUAUCAGAUUCUCCAAUCUAUCGCCUUUUCUAUGGUUUUCGCCUUUAUCACCAGCAUGAGUGGCCUUCCGAUCUCGAUUUACUCGACGUUUGUGCUCGAGGAGAAGCACGGUUUCAACAAGACAACACCGUCUCUAUUCGUAACGGACAUGCUCAAAGGAUGGGCGCUCGGUUUCGCACUCGGCGCACCGUUCCUAUCGGUAUUCUUGUACAUCUUCAACUGGGCUGGAGACCACUUCGUGCCAUGGCUCAUCGGAUUCAUCCUGGCGUUCCAAAUACUAAUGGUUUUCCUUUAUCCGACCGUCAUUCAACCGCUCUUUAACAAGCUCACUCCUCUUCCCGCUGGAGAACUAAGGAAUAGAAUUGAGGCACUCGCAUCAAGUCUCAAGUUCCCUUUGAAGCAUCUUUACGAGAUUGAUGGCUCCAAACGAUCCUCACACUCAAACGCAUACUUCUUUGGACUUCCUUGGAGCAAGCACAUAGUCGUAUACGAUACUUUGAUCAAGAAUGCAAAGGUUGAUGGCGUCGAAGCCGUUCUCGCACACGAGCUUGGUCAUUGGUUCUACUAUCAUCCAACGCAACUCAUGCUGUUGGCACAAAUUCACACCAUUGGGAUGCUUGCAUGCUUCCCGGCCUUCCUUCACUCAACGCCUCUUCUGCUCUCCUUCGAUUUCCCAUCGUCUGUCGCCAUUCAUCCCCCAGUCAUCAUCGCCUUCAUCCUCUACCAGACCGUCUUGUCACCCGUGGAUACGUUUGUGAACUUUGGAAUGCAUGCGAUAUCCCGAAAGUUUGAGUUCCAGGCGGACCGAUUUGCAUGCGAACUGCACAGUCGGUACAAGGUUCCUGGUACACAAGGUCUGGGCAAGCGCCUUGGAGAGGCUCUCAUCUCGAUCAUGGUUGACAACCUCGCAACUCUAUGGACAGACCCUUGGUACUCGGCCUGGCAUCAUACGCAUCCCACCUUGACGGAGAGGCUGAAAGCUUUGGAGAGAUACGAGGCUGAUGCGAACAAAAGUGUGCCUAAGAAGGAGCUUUGA